AUGGGGAAAACCAUUCUUGAUUCAAUAAACAUUGAAAUUACUUGCAUAAAUGUCGCCAGUGAUAGCGAAAUAGCACUUCAGUGGAUUAGGUCUUCACGCAAACUUUCGAUAUUCGUGACUAGUCAGAAAGAUCGCAUUUUGAGAUUGAAGACUCAAAUCGAAGCCAAAUCCAUCCCAGUACAUCUAUUUCAUGUUCCAACACAUAAUCCAGCAGACGUUGGAACUCGAGGCACAACGGCAAGCCUCAUUAGUGAGCAUGAUUGGGUGAGAGGACCCAGAUGGCUAGAGCACGACCAGCAAACUUGGCUUAUUCGAUCCAUAGAUAACCUCAGCUCUGAUCAGUCUGACGAAGAAAUAGAAGACAAUCAACAUGUGAAUGACGAAACCACAAACGAGUCAGCGGAAUCAUCCUGUUUAAUAAUAGAUCUAGCUCGCUUUUCUCGCUACAAAACAGCUCUUUGA